AUGCCUUCCAAUCGCGCUGCCUAUCAMCCCGCCCAAAAAGCGCCUUCCCUCGAGGUUCGCGAUGCUCCCUACAAGCCCGCCGAUGCCGACAAGAUUGUCAUCAGGACCAACGCCGUCGCCAUCAACCCCAUUGACUGGUUGAUCCAAGCACGAGGCGAUAUCAUGUUCACUCACCUUGCUUAUCCCUUUGUGCUCGGCUCCGACGUGUCUGGAGAAGUGGUCGAGGUUGGCAAGGACGUCAAGCGCUUCAAGGUCGGAGACCGCGUCGUCGGUUUCACCCGCGGAAGCGACCCCAAAGUCAAUGACCCUGCAGAGGGUGGUUUCCAGCUCUACACUGUUCUUCGCCCCAACAUGGUCUCUCACAUCCCUGACAAUGUGUCUUACGAAGAGGCCUCCGUCAUUCCCCUUGGUAUCGCUACCGCUGCUGCAGGUCUCUUCGAGAAGACAGAACUAGGCCUCGAUUUACCAUCAGAGCCUGCCAAGCCGUUCAAUGGCAAGACUGUUCUGAUUUGGGGUGGAUCCACCAGUGUUGGUGUCAACGCUAUCCAGCUCGCUGCUGCUGCCGGCUACGAAGUCUUCACCACUGCCUCUCCCAAGAACCACGAAUACCUCAAACGUCUUGGCGCUAGCCAGGUUUUUGACUACAAGAGUCCUUCCGUCGCGCAAGAAAUAAUCAAAGCUAUGAAGGGCAAGACUGCCGCCGGUGCUUUGUCUAUUGGCCAAGGUGCAGCUGAGAAGCUUAUGGAGAUCCUCGAUCACUGCCAGGGCAACAAAUUUGUCGCUUUGGCCACUUUCCCUGUUCCUCAGAAGGAACCCACGAACUUGAUCUUCCUCCGCACGGUUAUCUUUUUCGUUUCCUGGAUCAUUUCAUACAAGGUCAAAGGUUUGGUCAAGGGCAUCAAGUCCAACAUGCUCAAUGCCGGUAUGAUUACGAACAGUGAAGUUGGUCGAGGUAUCUUCGUCGACUACCUCCCAAAGGCCCUCGCUGCCGGUACUUUCACUCCUGCUCCUAAGCCCGAGGUUGUUGGCACCGGCCUGGAAUAUGUCCAGGAGGCUUUCAAUGUGCAGAAGAAGGGGGUUUCUGCAAGUAAAAUUGUUGUCAAGUUUUAA